AUGGCUAGACCAGAGAAUAAUUCCAAAGCUUAUGAACCACGCCAAUCAACAUCACCAAGUACUGAUUCAAUGUCAAAUCAACAACAACCAUCUACAUCAACACCAGGUACAUCGAAUGCUAACACAUUAGGUGGUUUAAAUUACAUAUCAAAUGAAUCGAAUGUGAGAAACUCAGCUCAUCCACAUUCACAUGCACAUCCUGUUCCACCUACUUCUUCUAAUUAUUUGCCACAUCACUAUCAUCAACAACUACCAUCAUUAUUAAAUUUUAAUAAUCCUAAUUCUAUUCAAAAUACUCAGCUCCCCAUGGUUGAUCAACAAUUAAAACAAGAUCAACAACAAAAACAGCAGAAAGCAACUAAAUCGCGAUUAAGAGUUUCAAGAGCUUGUGAUAGAUGUAGAACUCAUAAGAUAAAAUGUACAGGUACAAAUCCAUGCUCAACUUGUCUUCGUCAAAAGAAAGAAUGUACAUUUUCAAAAACUAGUCAAGCAGCAAAUAUUUCCACGGGUGGUAAUGAUGAAUCGUCUUCAUUCAAAAGACAAAGAAUUCUACCUUUACAAACUGAACCUUUUGGAUUACCGGUAAUGGACAAAACAAAUCAAUCUGAUUAUAUUUCUCAUCUUGAAAAUCGAGUUCAAUAUUUGGAAAAUUUAUUAACUGAAAAUUCAAACAAUUUAUUUAAACAACCAAAAACACAAGAACCAGAAAUUGAUUCGAUUAUAAAUACAAUUUUUUCAACUAGUUCAAAAUGGAGAUUUUCAAGAAGACAUCAAAAUUUAUUAAUUGUUGAAUUAUGUCGAUCAAUGUAUUCUAACUUGAGUGAAGAACUGAAGAAAUUGGUUACUAUUCCAAGAACUCAAUAUUUUGGAUGGAAUAUGAGUGGAGUAAAUUAUAUUAAAAUUGAUGACUUACCAAAUAAACCAGAAAACGAUUUAACUUUAGAAGAAGUAAACCAAUUGAUAGAUUAUUUCUUCAAAGAAAUUAAUCCAUUAUUUGCAAUCAUACAUGACACUGUUUUCAGAGAACAAUUUGAAGCAUAUCUAAAAUUAAAGAAAUUGGAACAAGAAGAAAAAGAGAAAGAGAAAGAGAAAGAGAAGGAAGUAGAUGCUCAACAACAUGAUUCAAAAACAAAUCAAACUAAAUUAUUUUCUGCUAUUUUAUAUUUAAUAUUAGCUUUAUCUAUUAGAUUUCAUGAAUUUCAAAAACCAAAAGGUCCAAAUAUUGAUAGAUUAAAAUUGGAAGAAAAUUUAUUUAAAUAUGGGUAUAAAGUUGUCUCGAUUCUCAGUUUUGAAUGGGAAUCAUUUGAAUUAAUUCAAAGUUGGUUGUUAAUUUCAUUAUAUUUAAGAAUUUCACAUAGACAAACUUCAUGUUCUCAUGCAUUGAAUCAAGCUAUUAUAAUGACUAAAUCGAUGGGAUUAGGAUUUGAUGAAGAAAAUCCAAAAAUUUUAAUAUCCACAAAUUAUGAAAGGUUAAAAGCCAAAAGAAUAUUUUGGUGUGUUUUUACAUUUGAUAGAAUUUUUGGUUUACAAACUGGUAGAUAUUGUGGUAUCCGAGAUGAAGAUUCUACUAGACCUUUUCCUGAUUUUAAUUAUUUUAAUCAAGAAAAUUUAAAAGAUGAUUGGUUAACAUUGCCGGCUUUAGCAUUGAUUCAAAUUGCCAAAAUUUCAAAUUUUAUCCAUACUUUACCUAAUGACAAUCCACAUUUGAUAAAAUAUCAACAAGUAAAUACUGAAUUAGUUAGAUUAAAUGAUUGGUUUAAUGAAAUCGGGUUUAGAAAUGAUUUAUUAUAUAAAGUAGAUCAUCAUGAAAAUAAUACUGCUAAGUUUAUAAGUUCAUUAGUUAAAGCACAAGUUAAAUUACAUUACUAUGAUUUAGUUAUGUGUAUUCAUGGUAAAGUAUUAUUCAAUUAUAUUGGUAAAAGAAUAGCAAGUCAUGGAUUAAAAGUUGAAUUGGUUAUUGAUUCCUGUUUUGGAGUAAUUGAUGUGUUGGAUAAAACAAAUAAAGCUGGGUUGUUGUAUACACCAUGGUAUUCUAAUUUAUUAUUAUUGUUUAAUAUUGGUGUUAAUUCAAUUACGAUUAUAAAUGGUGGUAUCUUUAUUGAGCAAUCAAGAACAAUUUUAAAAAAUUCAAUUAGGUUAUUAAACAUACUUAAGAAGUCGCCAAUUAGAAAUGAUAAAAAUAAAUUGAUAUUUAGGGAAAGAUUUAAAAUGGCUAGAGAAUGUACAUGGGCUUUAAAAAUGGCUAAUAAGAUGUUGACAUUAAGAUUACAAGAAGAUAUUAAUGCAUUGAAUAAUAUUGGAAUUGAUCAUGGUUCUUCAGAUGUAAAUUUACAAACUUUCUCGCAAUUGGGUAGACUUGAAAGUAAUUCAAAUAAUAUCAAGAACAAGAAAACUAAAACUAAUGCUAAUGAUGAAAACAAAUCUAAUGAAUUUAAUAAAAUAUUUGAAAAACAAUUGUACAGAAAUGAAGAUUAUGAGGAAGAAGAAGAGGAAGAAGAAGAGGAAGAAGAUUAUGUUGAACCAGAUGAUCUACCAGAUGAAGAAAAACAAGAUAUGAUUAAUCAACGAAUAAAUCAUAAUAAUCAUACGCCAAUUUCAGAUAAUUCUUCAUCUAUGGAUUUUAAUAAUAUAAAUGUUGAUGGCAAUAAUAUUAAUCCAAUAGACAAUUAUAAUUCACAAGAGAUUGACAAUUUAUUAGGAAAUAUUCAAUGGUUUGAUCAAUGGAUUGAUAUAUAG